AUGGCGUCCACUCAAGCCCGCAUAGGCCAGCAGGCCUUAGCGCUGCUGGAUGUGGCGCUUCGAGUUCCCUGUAUUUUCAUUAUCGACGCUAUUUUUAACUCCUACUACGACCCUGGGUCGGGAUGGGCCGGAGCAACGGGAAAGGUGUUGGUCAGAAUUACGGGUGUCCUUAUCUCCACUGUGGUGCUGCUGCUCUCCCAGAAAGCCUUGUUAAAGUUCUACACCCUCUUCUUUGCUGUGCUCCUUGGCAUGGCGGCUGCCCUCAUAAACUACUAUGCCACCUCACACAUAGACUUCUACGGCGCUUAUUACAAAGCAGCGCUGGGGUUUAGAUUGCUGCCCAGAAACGGGACGACGUUGUGGCUUGGCAUGGCCGCAGUCCAGCUCAUCUUUGGCAUCGGCUAUGUGUUCCUGUUCAACCUUCAGUCGGUGUUUGCCGCGCUGGUCGUCUUGGACAUCAUGAUCCCUCUGUGGGGGAUGAUGAUAGAGCUUCCUGCAGAAGUCAGACACAUGUUGGCUGUAUUCUCAUGCCUGGUGCUUUUGAUCAACACGGCCGUUUGCUUAGCCAUCAGACUCAAAUGGUUCUACUAUUCAUGCCGGUACGUCUACCUGCUUGUGCGGCACAUGUACAGGAUCUAUGGACUUCAGCUGCUGCUAGAAGAUACGUGGAAGAGAAUCAGGUUUCCUGAUGUGCUGCGAGUGUUUUGGUUGACUAGGGUAACUGCCCAGGCGCUCAUACUGUUUUAUGUUGUGCGGGCGGUGAGAAAGGAAAGUGGAGAUGCCACAGGAGGGGCAACAGAUGGGAGCUCAGACGCACAGGGUUACCUGUUUAGCUGGGACGUGUUCUGGGAUCUGACAAGUAACCUGAUCAUCUCUGGUUGUGACUCCACUCUGACUGUGUUGGGGAUGAGCGCCGUCAUCUCCUCUGUAGCACACUACCUCGGUCUCAGCAUUCUGGCUUUCAUAGGUUCAACAGAAGAGGAGGACAAGCGGUUAGGCUUCGUAGCUCCUGUUCUGUUUUUCAUUCUGGCUCUGCAGACCGGAUUAAGCAGCCUAGACCCAGAGGAGCGCUUGGUCCGCCUGAGCCGAAACAUGUGUCUUCUGCUGACGGCCAUCCUGCACUUUAUUCACGGCAUGACUGAUCCCGUCCUGAUGUCCCUCAGUGCUUCCCACGUCUCUUCCUUUCGACGCCACUUCCCCGUCCUGCUGGUGUCCGUGGCGCUCUUUGUGCUCCCUGUGGCGCUCAGCUACGCCCUCUGGCAUCACUACGCCCUCAACACCUGGCUCUUUGCUGUUACAGCUUUCUGUGUGGAGCUCUGCCUCAAGGUGGUGGUGUCCAUGACGGUCUACGGCCUCUUCAUGGCUGACGGCUUCUCCAACGUCCUGUGGGAGAAGCUGGACGACUACGUCUACUACGUUCGCUCCACGGGCAACAUCAUCGAGUUCCUGUUUGGCGUCAUCAUGUUUGGAAACGGCGCCUACACGAUGAUGUUUGAGUCUGGCAGUAAGAUCCGCGCCUGCAUGAUGUGCCUGCACGCUUACUUCAACAUCUACCUGCAGGCCAAGAACGGCUGGAAGACCUUCAUCAACCGCCGCACGGCUGUCAAGAAGAUCAACUCCUUGCCCGAGGUCCGCGGAGACCAGCUGAGGGACAUCGAGGACGUGUGCGCCAUCUGUUACCAGGACUUUGCCACGUCUGCCCGCCUCACGCCGUGCCACCAUUACUUCCAUGCGCUGUGCUUGAGGAAGUGGCUCUACAUCCAGGAUACGUGCCCCAUGUGCCACCAGAGAGUUUAUGUCGAGGACGAGGGCCAAGACAGAGCCGCCUUCUCUAACAACAAUGGCGGCUACGCAGCGCCGCAGGCCGCCGCCGGCCAACUCGCACCAGGCGAAAACCAGCUCGGGCAGCCGGUCGCCGAGUUGCUGGCCAACGGAGCGGCUGGUGCGCACGCCGCAGAAGGAGCGGCGGGGCUCGAUGAGCUGCCAGGGGACAACGACAGCAUAGAGUACGACGAAGACGAGUGGGGGACUCCGAACGGCAGCAUGCCAAUCGAAGAAGACUAUAUUAACGACGACACAGACUCCACUGAGGACUGACGAGAGAAGAUUUAUAGAAAAUAAUAUACAUAUAACUUUAUAUUUAAGUUAAAAAGGAACUAUAAGUCAACUUCAGCAUCUUAAUUUGUUCUUGAAAAAAAAAUGUCAGGGAUGUCAUUCUAUUUUUUUUUUCUUUUGAGUUUUACUCUAAAGGGCUUGUGGAAAGCUUAAAAGCUGCUCAGUGUGUGUGUGUGUGUG